AUGGAUCAAAUCAGCACGUAUUUCCUGGAGGUCGGAGGUUAUCUGAACGAUGACAACAUCGGGAUCAUUGGAAUAUAUGGGAUGGCCGGUGUCUGCAAGAUCACCCUCCUUCAGAAUAUCAACAACAAGUUCCCCCAAAUCGGAGCUGGAGGAUUCGAUGUGGUCAUCUGGAUCAUCGUCGCCAAGGACUCACGCGUUUCAACGAUCCAGGAAUUGAUCGGAAAUCGACUCGGUUUAUCCCUCUCAGGAGAAGCCAAAUAUCCGUCUUCACAAGCGGAUGAACAAGCUGGUAAGAUCUUCAAUUCUUUGCUAUAGAGGAGGUUCUUGUUACUGUUAGAUGAUGUAUGGGAGAAAUUUGAUCUGAGCCACUUAGGAAUUCCUCCUCCGGCUGCUGGAAACAAGUGUAAGAUCAUCCUGACGACUAGGUCAAGAGAAAGUGUGCAGAGAUAUGGAUGCUAAGAGAUUGAUCAAGGUGAAGUUAUUGAAUGAACGUGAUGCGUGGAGUUUGUUAUGGAGAAAGUGGGUUCAGAGGUAGAGCUACAGAGCCCACCCAUCAAUGCAUUGGUCAAGAUCGUGGUGAAGAAAUGUGGCGGUCUACCUCUCGCUCUCAUCACCGUUGACCGAUCCAUGGCAUAUGCCAGGUCUGUCGAGGAGUGGGAGGAUGCUCUGCAUAACUUGCUGGAGACACCACAGCAAGUGCGGGGCAUGGAAGAUGAGGUACUUUCUCUUUUGAAGUUCAGUUUUGAUAGGCUGGGAGAUGAAAACGUGAAGAACUGCCUCCUCUAUUGCUCUCUUUACCCUGAAGAUUACGAAAUUAAUGUAAAAUAGCUCAUAGAGUACUGGAUCGGCGAAGGAUUUCUGUACACGGCAAAUUCGGAGAGCGUCGUCAGAGCCCGGAAAAGGGGGCAUGCUGUACUAACAACGCUUUUUUCCGCCUGCAUGUUAGAAACCACGCCGGUAAUAAGUACAGAGCAUGGUGUGGGGAUAACAUUGAGUAAGUAUCGAGUAACGAUGCAUGAUGUGGUGCGUGAGAUGUGUUUGUGGCUCACUGGAGGCGAGUUUGAUAAGAGCAACACUUAUCUGUCCUGCGCGGGCUACAGGGAUAUCGUUCCAAGAUGUGAACUACGGAGAGAUGCAAGGAGGAUAUCGUUGAUGGACAAUGCGGGAAGAAUCCAGCUCUCAAAGAUACCGCCGUGUCCUAAUCUGCAGACCCUUUUAUGGAAGUCGCCAUUCAUGCCUCCCUUCAAGUUAAUGCCUGGCUUGCGGGUCUUGGAUCUGUCUGGCAGUAGAGUGCAGAGCCUUCCGGAUGUGAUCGGCUUGUUGUCUGAAUUACGUUGCCUGAAGUUGAAAAACAUUGGGAUUGAAACAUUGCCAAAAGGAUAAGGAAAGUUGACAAACCUCAGGCUGCUCAUCUUGGACGGUACGUGGCAGCUCUCUAAAACUCCCCGUGAGGCGAUUGCCAUCUCUUAGCGGAUUACGAAUAUUAGGAUUGUACGGAGUAACCCAGGAUAUAUUUGGCUUCUACAAGGUUGGUUAUUUUGAUAGUAAGGAAGAAGUAAUGCGGUACUCAUCUUCCAUGCUGAGUAUGGCCGACAUGGAGCAUAGUUUGACCGAAUUAGAGGAGAUACGACUCAUUAUCAGUACCUUGGAAUCUCUUGAAUUACUGCUCAGACAUCGUAGGCCGUGCCGAUGCACGACAAAGCUUGAAAUCGAUGUACGAUCCUCACUUAUUACAGCCGAACAUUUAUCACAAGUUUUAAGUAAAAUUGAAAACCUGUUUAAGAUCCGUGUAUGUGUUGGUGGCCGGUGGGAUAAGGAACUUCAACUACAUCACCGACAACUACUAGAUAGGAUGACGAUGACCAUAUCUCUUCAUCAUUCACGGAAUCUUCGUGUUUUGUCCCUAUCGGGCUGCGAUGGUCUCCGUGACCUGACAUGCAUUAGAAAGUUGGCCUGUCUUGAGAAGAUCAUUUUGUCUGAUUGUAGAGGGAUGGGGAUAUUGAUAGGCGAAGAGGAAAGAGGCCACGAAGUCUCCUCGGAUUUUGACUUCCCUCUCCUUCUCCAACUGAAAACAAUCACCCUUUGGGAGUUCCCUGCAUUGAAGAUUAUAAGCAGUCAGCCUAUGCUUCUCCCCUCUUUACAAGUCUUUGAGGUAUAUCGCUAUCCGUUGUUAGAGAAGAUUCCCUUUGGAAGUGGUAGCAGCAAGAAAAUUGCAAUUAUCAAGGGUGAGAGAGAAUGGUGGGAUGGUUUGAACUGGGGCGAAGAUGAAGAAGGCCAAAGCAUCAAGCACCAAUUCUCGCAUGUGUUCCACGAGACACGACCAUAUUAA